GAGCUGCCUGCCGAGGAAGGGAAGACCCUGCUGGAGCUGGUGAUCGAGCAGUUUGAGGACCUGCUGGUGCGGAUCCUGCUCCUGGCCGCCUGCAUCUCCUUUGUUUUGGCUUGGUUUGAAGAAGGUGAAGAAACCAUCACGGCCUUUGUAGAGCCCUUUGUGAUUCUGCUCAUACUAGUCGCCAAUGCGAUCGUGGGCGUGUGGCAGGAAAGAAAUGCCGAAAACGCCAUUGAAGCCCUUAAGGAGUAUGAGCCGGAGAUGGGCAAGGUGUACCGGCAGGACAGGAAGAGCGUGCAGCGCGUCAAGGCCCGAGACAUCGUCCCCGGGGACAUCGUGGAGGUGGCCGUUGGUGACAAAGUUCCUGCCGAUAUCAGAUUGACGUCCAUCAAGUCCACAACGCUGAGGGUUGACCAGUCCAUCCUCACAGGUGAAUCUGUCUCCGUCAUCAAGCACACGGACCCCGUCCCUGACCCACGCGCUGUCAACCAGGAUAAGAAGAACAUGCUCUUUUCCGGCACAAACAUUGCGGCUGGAAAGGCUAUGGGAGUGGUGGUGGCCACUGGCGUCAACACCGAAAUCGGCAAGAUCCGGGACGAGAUGGUGGCCACAGAGCAGGAGAGGACGCCCCUGCAGCAGAAGCUGGACGAGUUUGGGGAGCAGCUCUCCAAGGUCAUCUCCCUGAUCUGCAUCGCUGUCUGGAUCAUAAACAUCGGCCACUUCAAUGACCCGGUUCACGGAGGCUCCUGGAUCAGGGGCGCCAUCUACUACUUCAAGAUCGCGGUGGCCCUGGCGGUGGCGGCCAUUCCCGAAGGCCUGCCUGCCGUCAUCACCACCUGCCUGGCUCUCGGCACGCGCAGGAUGGCAAAGAAGAACGCCAUUGUUCGAAGCUUGCCGUCCGUGGAAACGCUCGGCUGUACAUCUGUCAUCUGUUCGGAUAAGACGGGCACGCUGACCACGAACCAGAUGUCCGUCUGCAGGAUGUUCAUUCUGGACAAGGUCGACGGGGACACUUGUUCCCUUAACGAGUUCACCAUAACCGGAUCGACUUACGCACCAACUGGAGACGUGCAUAAAGACGACAAGCCGGUGAAGUGCCAUCAGUACGAUGGCCUGGUGGAGUUGGCUACCAUCUGUGCUCUUUGUAAUGACUCUGCUCUGGACUACAACGAGGCUAAAGGUGUGUAUGAGAAAGUCGGGGAGGCGACUGAGACCGCGCUCACGUGCCUGGUGGAGAAGAUGAACGUGUUUGACACGGAGCUGAAGGGGCUCUCCAAGAUUGAACGCGCCAACGCCUGCAACUCGGUGAUUAAACAGUUGAUGAAGAAAGAGUUUACCCUGGAGUUUUCGCGGGACAGAAAGUCGAUGUCGGUCUACUGCACCCCAAACAAGCCCAGCCGGACGGCAAUGAGCAAGAUGUUUGUGAAGGGCGCCCCAGAAGGCGUCAUCGACCGCUGCACCCAUGUUCGGGUCGGGAGCACUAAAGUCGCACUGACCCCGGGGGUCAAGCAGAAGAUCAUGUCUGUCAUCCGGGAGUGGGGUAGUGGCAGCGACACACUGCGAUGCCUGGCCCUGGCCACCCACGACAGCCCCCUGAGGAGAGAGGAGAUGAACCUGGAGGACUCGGCCAACUUCAUCAAAUACGAGACCAACCUGACCUUCGUGGGCUGCGUGGGCAUGCUGGACCCCCCGCGAAUUGAAGUGGCCUCGUCCGUGAAGCUGUGCCGCCAGGCGGGCAUCCGGGUCAUCAUGAUCACGGGGGACAACAAGGGCACCGCCGUGGCCAUCUGCCGCCGCAUCGGCAUCUUCGGGCAGGAUGAGGACGUGGCAUCGAAGGCCUUCACGGGCCGGGAGUUUGAUGAGCUCAGCCCCGCUGCACAGCGGGACGCCUGCCUGAACGCCCGCUGCUUCGCGCGCGUGGAGCCCUCACACAAGUCCAAGAUUGUGGAGUUCCUGCAGUCCUUCGAUGAGAUCACGGCCAUGACCGGGGACGGGGUUAAUGACGCCCCAGCCCUGAAGAAGGCCGAGAUUGGCAUCGCCAUGGGCUCUGGCACAGCUGUGGCCAAGACGGCGUCCGAGAUGGUGCUGGCUGACGACAACUUCUCCACCAUCGUGGCGGCUGUGGAGGAGGGGCGCGCCAUCUACAACAACAUGAAGCAGUUCAUCCGCUACCUCAUCUCCUCCAACGUGGGGGAGGUCGUGUGCAUUUUCCUGACGGCAGCCCUCGGGUUCCCUGAGGCUCUGAUUCCCGUGCAGCUGCUCUGGGUCAAUCUGGUGACGGACGGCCUGCCUGCCACUGCGCUGGGCUUCAACCCGCCGGAUCUUGACAUCAUGAACAAGCCGCCCCGGAACCCCAAGGAGCCCCUCAUCAGCGGGUGGCUCUUCUUCCGCUACCUGGCAAUUGGCUGUUAUGUCGGUGCUGCUACUGUGGGCGCUGCUGCGUGGUGGUUCAUUGCAGCCGACGGUGGCCCGCGGGUGUCCUUCUACCAGCUGAGUCACUUCCUGCAGUGUAAAGAGGACAACCCCGACUUCGAGGGCGUGGAUUGCGCAGUCUUUGAGUCCCCGUACCCCAUGACGAUGGCGCUGUCUGUGCUCGUGACCAUAGAGAUGUGCAAUGCCCUCAACAGCCUGUCUGAGAACCAGUCCCUGCUGCGGAUGCCCCCGUGGGAGAACGGCUGGCUCGUGGGCUCCAUCUGCUUGUCCAUGUCGCUCCACUUCCUCAUCCUCUACGUGGAGCCUCUGCCGCUCAUCUUCCAGAUCACACCGCUGAACCUGACCCAGUGGCUGAUGGUGCUCAAGAUCUCCCUGCCCGUGAUCCUGAUGGAUGAGACCCUCAAGUUCGUGGCCCGCAAGUACCUGGAGCCUGGUAAAGAGUGUGUGCGGCCCGGCCCGCUCACGGCCUGCGCCGACGGGGUCUCCUGGCCCUUCGUGCUGCUCGUGCUGCCGCUGGUGGCCUGGGUGUAUAGCACCGACACUAACUUCAGCGACAUGUUCUGGUCUUGACUGACGUUUUACAUAAAGAUGUUUAACUUAAUCAAUUAAUUUUUUAUUGUUUAAAGCAACUGUCUAUUUCUGCUGAAUUUCACUGAACAUACUGGCUGGUGAAGGCGGUUUCAUACUCUAGAUUUUGUUUUGCUUUUUCUGACUCCAGCGGGGCGAGUUUCCUUUUUUAUACACAUAAUCGAAGUGUCCAUUGACAUGUACAGAGAACUAACACUAUUUUAUGCAGAUAUUUUUUUGUAGAUGAAAAAGCAUGUACAGUGUUCUGUUGAAUACUCAUCCUUGUAUUAAAGAUAGUUGAGCCAGCAGACAGUGUCGCACAUCACUUGGCAGCAGACGUUAGGAAGCGAAUGUGGAUUCUCUAGACCUAAAGCGCAUGCACUGUCUUCUGCAUGGUCAUCUGGAUUUAAUCUGAGAGCACAGUCUAAUUUUUAUUCAGAAGCCAAUUUUUCUGCACUGAGCAGAGUCCUGCUACCUCAGUCAGUAUUUUUUGGUUUGCCGCCCUCACCCCACCCCCACCCCCUCCACACACACCCAGCUCCGCUUGCUGCUCCCCGCAGGUCUGGUUCUGUUUACAUGGUCGCUGCGAGGUUUGCCUGUUCUCGCUUGUGCAGAAACAUGGCUGCAGACUCACCAGAGAUCACGUCCCCGCCAGUCGUUUCAAGGUUAUUUAUUUCAAUGCCUUCUGUGUUUUACUAUAUAGCGGACGUAGUUUGCCGACAUUGCCUAUUAAGUGGCAAGUCACAACCUAGUUCAAAAAAGAGAAAUAAAACAUUUUAAAUGGACAGAAAAGCGGUCUUUGGCUUAGCUGCAAACCAACAGACACGUUCAGUUCCUCGUGCUGUGCUCAAGGGGGGAAGGCCCGGUCUGCUGCAGGGUCGUUUCAGCUGACCCACUGUAGCCUGGCGUAGAGGAUACAAGGGCGAGUGUGUGCGUGCGUGUGUUUUGUAAAAUCUGUAAAUAGAACAUGACCAAAUGAACAUAAUGUAUAGAACUAUUUUUAUUUGAAUGUGGUACUAACCACGCGGCCCUGGCGUCACUACGCCCAUGUCUGCGCAUGUCUCAGCUCAGCAACCGUGUCCGUCUUAACAGUCUAACCACGGUGUUUCUCUCCACUGCCUUCCAACAUCCAUCCACUAACCAAUACUGGAGUAACCGCUUCCUAAACAUUUUGCAGAAAUGUAAGGGUGUUCGGUUGCGUGCAUGUGCAUUGUUAGCAAACAUCUGCAGCCCUCUGCAUGAUAAGAGGUCGGGGGAACAGAAAAGUAGAAAAAAAGUCCCCAACUCCUUGUGUGUCAUGUGGAGGAAACAUGUAUUGCCAGUGGGGUUUUAGCUUUUAAAUCAAAGUUACAAAUGAACAAUUUAGCUGAAUCCAUCAGAAACCUGUCCAGAGAAGUUGGUUUCUUAGAAUAGCCUCAGCCAAGCUCGUGUUUCUCUGCAAAUGUCCUGGCUUAGCCAAUGUUCGCUGCUCAGCUGUAGUGCAUGCCUUCUACAGCAGCAGCCAGCUCUCUACACUGUCCGUUACAAGUGCUACUUUUUAAUUGGCCCUGUACAGUUUGCUUAUUUAUAAAUUGAACAGGAACACUGCAGGUGUUUCUGGCUACCGUAGGCCUCCAGUUCAUACCGUUGUAUUUUGAGUGUGCAAACAGCUAUUUUGCACUGUAUUCAAUGUAACUUAUUUAAUGAAAUCAGAAGCAGUAGACAGAUGUUGGUGCAAUACGGAUAUUGUGAUGCGUAUCUCAAUAAAGUGCUAAAUGUCAGUACCGCAGCGCAUGUUUGACUCUGGACUGUACGUGGUCAGCUGUUCCCUCGGCCGCCACAACCUGCAGACGCAGUUCGGGUGAAUAAAUCGAUUCUGAGUUG